UUCGCUUUUGUAAAUAUCUCUUUCAUUUCUAAAAAUUUAAGUGCACUCAUAAGCGUGGAAAUUUUAUUUUUGCAAAAAUGUUAUUUCUAAUUUAAUAUUUAUUUUUAAUUGCUAGAAAAACAGAAUAUAAUCACCAUAAAUCCGAACAAUGGACAAUCAAGGAUUUUCUAUACAAUGGAUACCAGUUGAAAAUUCCCUCAACGUUACGAACGAAGAAGUUAUUACUAUGGAAGCUCGAACGGAAGAAGAUAAUAAUGUGCACAAUUAUAUCGAAAUGUCUUCAUUGCCAACAAAUUUAGAUCAAAUUGCUGCGGAAAAUUUGAUAUAUAUGGCACAUGAUGGACAUAUAGAUACAAUUUGCGAAGAUUUAAUAGAAGAAGAUCCAGAUGGUGUGACAGAACAUUCAAAUCCAAGUCAAAUAGUUCAAGUGUAUCAUUCGAAUGGUCAUAAUGAUAAUAAUUCGAGAAAUAUUAAUGAGGUUGUUAUUCAACAUAACGAAAUUGUUAACACGGAAAAUGAGAGUGUUGAAGAUCAGUCACAAUAUUUUGAAUGCCAAGUAACCACAGAAGAAAUUAUUACAGAUGAUUGGGUACAACAGCAGGGUGAGGAAAGAGUUGAAAUAUCAGUUGAUCAAAUAACUGCUGGCGAUCCUCACGAUACUGAUGAUAUUGAUGUUCCUUUACCAACAGAUCAAGAUGAAUAUACUGCACUGAGACCGUAUCCAUGCGAUUUUUGCAGUAAACGAUUUAAAAAAAAACUUAGUUUGAUGAAUCAUAUGAUGGCUCAUAAAAAUGAUCGUCCACAUAUUUGCAAUUUUUGUGGCUGCAGAUAUAUGAGGCGAACCGAUUUACUCAAUCAUUUAAAAAUCCAUGCCAGUAUGGGGGAUCAUCAAAUUGACGAAUUUGAUGAGAAUUAUAUGCAUCUUAAUGAUCAUAUAAUUGAGACAAAACCAACUGACCGUCGAAGUGCUGAUCACUAUUAUGACCAGAUGUGGGAUGAAGUUGAGGCUAUAACUUCAGAAUACGAUAGGCGUAAGCCUAGUUCUAAGCAUAAACAAAAUUCUAACAACAAUAAUUCUAUACUUACAACAAAGAACAAAAUUAGCACAAAAUCUAAAAAAUGUGUGGACCUCAAAAGCGAAAUUGUUAAAGCUGAAAAAGUUGUUCACAAUGAAGAAGAAAUACCCCAUUAUCCAAUUUUAGACGAAAGAAAACCUUUUGUAUGUCAAAAAUGUGGAAUUGCCUUUGCUAGAGAAAAGGCCCUAUUAUCUCAUAAAAGGAUUCAUGCAAAUAACUCGCCUUCAUUUGAAUGUAAUAACUGCAAUGAAAUAUUCUAUGAUAUUGAUAGUUUAAAUGAUCAUCAACGAGCUCAUCGUUUUGAGGAGAGUCAUUCAGAAUAUGAACCUGGACAAGGUGAUGAAAGUGAUUCAAAUGAUUCUUCGAAAUAUGGUGAAUUUUAUUGUAACAUUUGCGGGAUGUCAUUUCACCGACAAGAUUUACUUCGGCGACAUUCGAAAAGCCAUAUAAAAAAGGAGGCUGCAGACAAUGGUUAUGUCGGGGCGGAAAUGCGCCAUUGUUGUAAUGUCUGUGGUGAGAACUUUUCGGAAGCUCUUGAUUUGUUGGCUCAUGCUGAAAUCCACGCCAGAUCACAACCUUUCAAAUGUGUACUUUGCGGAGAAACGUUUUUAGAGGAAGCUACAAUAAAAAAACAUGUAUCCAAUGUUCAUUCAAAAGAAUUAACGACAAAUUCAUGUGUUUUAUGUGGAAAGUGCUGUAAAGAUAGAAAAUCAUUGAUUAAACAUGCUUGGGAACAUUCGAAAGAGAAAAAUCAUUCUUGCUCAAAAUGUGGGAAAACCUUCCAUAAUAAGGCUAGAUUGAACCGUCAUAUGGUGUCACAUCGUAACAAAACAGUAAUUUGCGAAGUUUGUCAAGAAGAAUUUCCAGAUGGAAGAUCGUUAAUGAAUCAUCGACACUCACAUACGAAUACAUCUGGAAAGUUAUUUCCGUGUCAAGAAUGUGGUAAAACUUUUGGAUCACGUAGUUCGCAACAAAUUCAUAUUCGAAUCCAUACUGGUGAGCGUCCUUAUGGAUGUCGUUAUUGUUGGAAAGCGUUUGCAGACGGUGGAACAUUAAGAAAGCAUGAAAGGAUUCACACAGGUGAAAAACCAUAUGCCUGUUCUGUAUGUCCAAGAGCUUUUAAUCAAAGAGUUGUUUUACGUGAACAUAUCAGAUCACAUCAUUCUGCUGUUGACGUUAAAAGGGGGACAUAUUAUUGCCCGGUUUGUUCUAGCGAUUUAUCCAAUUCGACUGAUUUAAUACAACAUUUGAUUCAACAUAGCGAUAUGCAUACAGCUAUGAAAAGACAGCCAGUUACCGGUCCACGGAAAUAUAAACGAAGACGUAAGCUAAAACCUCAUGAACUGGAAAGAUUGCGGUCAGAACAACGUGAAGGAAUUAGCGAUAUAGAUUAUUCGGAUUUGGAUAUGGGAGAUGUAGAUGAUUUACUUGGCAUAACAUCGAAAUCUAAAAAGUAUAGUCGGUCACCUACUGGGUCUUCAUUUAUCAAAACGGAAAAAGAACGCGAAAGAACUUUGUCAGCGUCUAGUACAAACCGUAUUAGAAAAUAUUCAAAUAAUUCAGACAAAAUAAAUUCAAGUAGUUGGCAAACAAAACUAAUAACGUCUUCGACAAAUGAAGACUAUAAUUCGGUUAUAUCAAACUUAGAGAAUACUUUGCAAAAUAUUGAUACUCUUGUAGUUAGUAACAAUUCAUCAUCAGUCUUAAAUAAACAAUCUGUGGUUUCUACGAAUUGUAACGAAAAUUCGUCAAGACUUCUUUAUCCUGAUUUGAGUCAACAAAUUGAAUCAAGUAAAAUCGGUUCCACUAAUAAUACUUAUAUGAACAAUACAUCAAAAGUAAGCAAAAUAAAUAACGUCAAAAAUAAAAAAUCUAAUCCUGAUAGUUAUAAUGGUACUUCAAAUGAGUACAACAAAAAGAAACCAAAAAUGAUACACACUCAAAAGACAAGAAUUUCUGUUGAAGAAGGAAAGCGUAAAACUCGAACAAUGAUUACGACAAAACCUGUAUCCAUACACCGAAAUGAAGUUUUCUUUAAUGACGAUCGGAAAUCAGCUGGCGAACUUGACGUAAUAAUACCGGAUAUUAUAACGAAUAGGUCACCGAUUCGUGUGAAACAAGAAAACUCAUAUAUAGAAAGCCACCCUUCUGGAUUGACUACAGAAUCUGAUUUAUAUAACGCACAAUUGCUACUAGAAGCUGCUUCAGUUCGCAAAGAAAUAGAAAAAUAUAAUCCCAACGUUGUUAAUGAAUUAGAUGAGAUUUUAAGAUCUCCAGAUAAAGUAAAGUCUCCUCAGUGUGAUGAAAUUGAAUUGGAACAAAAAACUGAAAUGAAUUUUCUACAAUCUCCGAUUUCAUCUAAUACAGUGUAUACAGGUUUUGGUUGCUCAACAAACGAAGAGAGGCGUUCAAGUCGUUCACGUCGUAUUUUACCAAAUCGCAAAUAUUUGGAAUAUGAAACGACACCACCUCGUACAACAUUUAAAUCUCAAAAAAAUUCAUCUAUAAAACAGAAUAAAAUGUCAAAAGUGAAAUAUGAACAAAAAGAAUGUGUUAAAGUUAAGAAUGAACCAAAAUAUGAAGAAAAUUUGCAAAUAAGCAACAGUCAUAGCAAUAUUCAAGUAAAAUUUGAAAUUGAACCUUCAGGUACAGAGAUAACCCCAAAUGAAAAACAAAUUUCUAUAAAUGAUUUACAUAACGCCUUAAACAAUUCAAAUAUAAGUGCUGACAGUAGUAAUGGAAAUGAUUGUAAUAUUUCACCAAAAAAAGACACAAUAAUAAAGGUUGAAGCCAGUACUAACAGUUUUAAGUGUGAAAUGUGCUCAGCUUCAUUUUCCGAUCGAGCCCAACUUUUGGUUCAUGUUCCAAUUCAUAUAUAAGAAAGUGAAUUUUGUUUCUUAUAUCAUUUUUUAUAGUGUCUUUUCAUUAGUUUACUUAGACACUCUUUCUAUCAUAAAACUGUAUUUGUAAUAAAUACAUCAAAACAUAGUUUCUAUUUUGUCCUACGUUCGUUUAGAAGUCUGUGCCAUAAAAAAUCGCGAUUUUACAAGUGUGAUAUUGGCAUACUGAAAAAUACUGAUAAAAAAUUAUUUUUAAUUAAUAUUUGAAAAACUUUAAGGUACCAGUUUUUUAAAUACAUAUGUACAUAUGUACAUAUAUUAUUUAAAAUUCAGAAUUAAUUUUUGACAAAUUGUUUUACAUAAUACCUAUAAUGCAUGUGUGUAUAAAAAAUAAAAUUUGUAUAUACGUAUACAAAUUUAUUAUAUAAUAUAUCAAAACUAAGAAUUUUUUAUAUAUUCAUAAGAAAUAAUUAAUGAUAAGAUGUUUUUAGAAUUAGACUACUUUUUAUAAAAGAUCAUUAAAUUACUUGACAAACUUAUGGAAAGACGAGUUCAAUCUUUUUUUGGUUUAACUGUUUGAUUUAAAUAAUUUCAAUAAAUAAAAGUUUAAUUGUUUUUUUAGUUUUUAAUUACUUUAGGCUUUGUUAUCGCUAUGAGGUUAACAGUCAGUGUAUGCUUUAUCAAUUAGCUUAAAAUUGAAUGCAAUUACAUUAGAUUGAGCAAGCGGAUGUUAGAUAUUAUUUUCCUUAUGAAUUUAUCAUAAAUUUUUAGUUUAUCCAUUUUCUUAGGUUUUGUAUUUACAUACAUUAUGUAUUCUGCGUCAUAUUCUAAAAAAAUUAUUAAAGAUGUACAUAAUAAUAUAAUCUAGCAAUAGUUUUAAACAAUUUUAAAUUUAAAAAUUUUUGAAUUAAAAAAAAAAUUUAUGUUAUUUUCAUUGCAGUAUCGGAGUUAGUUUUAUUCUUUAUUUAAAAAAAAUAUGUGAUGUAGAGCACUAAUAAAAGUUGUUUGGUAAAUUUUAAAAUUUUAAACCUAAGAAUUACAAAAAAAAAACAUUUACAAUAGAAGCAUUUCAGAUUUUAAUAAAUAAUUGUAAUGAG